CCAGAAAUACAGAUGAUGCUGUUACAACACUAUUCACUGGGUUGAAACAAAACUGGAAUCUUAGAACUUGCAUCAAGGUCGCAGGAGCUGUACAGCUGUAUACUAUGGAAUAUGCCAAGAAAUCUCUGGAUGUGUUCUCACCAGCCUCCCUUUCAAAACGCAUAUUAGUCAGUGCUUCAAUGACGCAGCAGCUCUUACCAAGUUGGACUCAGCGCUCCAGACCCUUUCGGGUCAUCAACAAUGAUCGCUCCAUUAAGAAAGGCAUCAUGGCAGAUGGCCUGAAAGACCUACAGAACAAGGUGAUGAGCACAUUCCACAUGCAGUGUGUCAGUGCUUUAGUGCUGGAUGAGGAUGGAACUGGAGUGGAUACAGAUGAAUUUUUUCAGACCUUAAAAAACAACACUGUCCUCAUGGUCUUAGUGAAAGGACAGAAGUGGACACCACAGAAGAAAACUACAACCACAAGUGUUUCUGAAUGCUACCUGAAACGGCCAAGGAAAGAUGUGGCCAAACUGACCUUUGAUCUUUACAAAAACCAUCCAAAGGAUUUUAUUGGAUGCCUAAAUGUGCAUGCAACCUUGUAUGGAAUAUACUCUGUUUCAUAUGAUUUGCAGUGCUAUAAGGCAAAAAGGAUGCUAAGGGAGGCCUUAAGAUGGAUUGUCUUCACUAUGCAGACCACUGGCCAUGUUUUAAUGGGUACUUCCUGUUAUAUUCAGCAUCUUCUUGAUGAGGAUGAGAAAAUUGAGGCACAAAAAUUAUCACACAUUUUACGCAGUUAGAGUAGCCAUUAAAUGAAAGAUUGCAGAAAAGAUUAAUCAACCUAUUUAAUCCUUCUGUUGUGUUCCGGUCAUUUUGACCCGAACAACUUUUGCUUUUUGUUUGGUUUUUACAUUUUCUUUAUUUUUUUUAUUAUUAAUCCAAUUGGAAUUAAAUUCUUUGACUUUGUUCACAUAUGGUAUCUGAAAACAUACACAAAGAAAAAAAUUGCACAAUUUUCUUUACAUUUUAUUGGUUUUAUUUAACUUUGUUACAACUGUCAAAAAUGACCGGCCAUUGGAAAUUAAUGGGCAGGGUUACAAAAUAAAAAAUAAAAAAAUAAAAAAUGAGUGUUCAGGAGUCUGUCCAACUAUCUGAUGAGCAUAUAUGUGCAUGUGUACUUGCACACAUAAAGUCCACGGAGGUGUAUACACACUGAUACACACGCACACCGACACACACACAUACAAACACACACACACACAAACACACACCCUUUGGUUUCCUAGACAAGUUCUGAAAUGUUGUAUGAUUUUUACCAACGCAGCAACAUUUCAGAGGUUGCCAGGGAAUCCAAAGGGCAUGUGGGGGUGAGUGGGUGAGGGUGUGUGUGCUCAGACAUGCACACACACACACACACACACACACACACCUGUGAUGUUCCCGGUCAGAAAUGACCGGCCAUUUGGAAUGAAUGAAUGAGUGUUCAGGAGCCUGUCCAACUAUUAGAUGAGCACAUCUGUCUUCAAACAUAAAAACAGACACACAGCCUUUAAUCCUUUGACAUCCCAGGCAACUUCUAAACCUUCUUCACUCCAUAGGAACAAAAGAACAUUAGAACAAAUAUUAUGACGUGUUUUGGGAACUUUCACACUCACACACACACACACACACACACACACGCACACGCACACGCACACGCACACGCACACGCACACGCACACGCACACACGCACACGCACACACACGAGUAUAUGUUCUAUGUGAAAUAUGUAGAAAUAACUAUAAAAAGUGAGAAAUGAUUUUGCAGGUCAUUAUGGAUAACAGUAGGACACUCUCAUAAGGUAAAUGUCUUUGUACCUGUACCAUAGAAACAUCACUGUUAUAACAUUCUCACAUCAGUUCAGAGGAUCCUGUCACAUGUUUGGCUAUCUAAGGAUAUUGUUGUAUAUUAUACUUAUAUUAUCAAUAUAUCAGUAUAGUUGCAUAAUACUAUUAUAUUGAUAUUUUAGAUCUCCUACCCCUAAACCUAACCACUUCUAUACAAUAUUAUACUUGUAUCAGGUAGAUAAAUGCAAAGUCACAAUAAUUUUAGUUACAUUACACUAUUUCAUAGAUGUCUUGAGUCACAAUUUAUUCCAAAAAAGCACUAUAAGUAUUUCAAAUGACUAUGUGCUGCAUUCCAAGUCAUCUGAAGACAUAUGAUAGCUUGUGUGAGGAAUAAAGUGAUACUUUAGGUCCAUGAAGUCACAUCUCAUUCAAAAAGAUACAUCCAAACGUUAAUUGUCGCAGUUGGUCACAAGACGCAAGAGCCAAUGGCAUAUGACAUCACUGACGUCAAACCUGUCAUGACACAUCUUAAGGCGGCAGUUUUUUAAUGUCUAAAUAAGUGCAGUAUUUGAAUGCUAUGGUAGUUGGGGACAGUGAUCACUGAAUAAAGACUAACUUGUUUCUGUUCCUUAUACCAAAGAAUACUUGGAAUAUACAGUAGCACAUGAAGAGCUGAUUCUUUUAUGAUAACUUUAUUUCUGAGCUGCUCGCACAUUCUGAAAACUCAUAAUUUCAUUCAAAUCAUUUCAAUAUUUAGCCUUUAGUAAAGUAAUGGAAUCCUCCAUAAUGAGUUGAAUACACACCAGAGUGAUGUUUAAAAUACAGACCACGGGUUAAGUUUUGGUGGUGCAGUCAAUAAGUCAUUAGGCACAACUUACAUAUCUGCAGCGUCAUCGUUCCUCACACAAGGAAACUAGGCAGUGCCAGAUCCUUCUCCGUUUGGUCUUAAAUGUUGGGCUAUAGAAAGAAACAGGCAUAAUUUUAGUGUAAUUAACCAAAAUGGUUACACAAACACAAUGUAAAUGAUAUUUGAAUAAAUUAUUUUCACAAUGUAGCUGUAUUUAUUCCUAUCCGCUUAACACAUAUCAUAACAUAUACCCCUGGCAUGAUUGUUGAAUAACAAUUUGAAUUGUUAUAUAUGUA